CCCUCGCCGCCGCCGCCGCCGCCGCCGACCCCCGCCACGCCCCGACCGCCUCUGGCGCCGGGGCCCCCAGCUCAAUGCCCAGGAUGCCGGGAGGCAAGAGGGGGCUCGUCGCCCCGCAAAACACCUUCCUCGAGAACAUCGUCCGGCGCUCCAGCGAAUCCAGUUUUUUACUGGGGAACGCUCAAAUCGUGGACUGGCCUGUGGUGUAUAGUAAUGACGGAUUUUGUAAAUUGUCUGGGUACCACAGAGCUGACGUCAUGCAGAAAAGUAGCACAUGCAGUUUUAUGUAUGGGGAACUCACAGACAAGAAGACCAUUGAAAAAGUCAGACAAACAUUUGACAACUAUGAGUCAAAUUGCUUUGAAAUACUCUUGUACAAGAAAAACAGAACACCUGUUUGGUUUUACAUGCAAAUUGCACCGAUACGAAAUGAGCAUGACAAAGUGGUGUUGUUCCUGUGCACUUUUAAAGACAUCACUUUAUUCAAGCAACCUAUUGAAGAUGAGACAACCAAAGGCUGGACAAAAUUUGCUCGAUUGACACGUGCUUUGACGAACAGCCGGAGCGUUCUGCAGCAGCUGACUCCUAUGAACAAAGCAGAGGUCGUCCAUAAACACUCACGGUUAGCUGAAGUUCUCCAACUGGGUUCUGAUAUUCUUCCACAAUACAAGCAAGAAGCCCCAAAGACUCCACCACACAUAAUUUUACACUACUGUGCUUUUAAAACCACCUGGGAUUGGGUCAUCUUGAUUCUUACCUUCUACACAGCCAUCAUGGUUCCUUACAACGUCUCCUUCAAAACAAAGCAGAACAACAUUGCUUGGUUAGUCCUGGACAGUGUGGUAGAUGUCAUUUUCCUGGUGGACAUAGUUCUGAACUUUCACACCACCUUUGUGGGACCUGGUGGGGAAGUCAUAUCCGAUCCCAAACUCAUCAGGAUGAACUACCUGAAAACUUGGUUCGUGAUAGACCUCUUGUCAUGUUUACCUUACGAUAUCAUCAAUGCCUUUGAGAAUGUGGAUGAGGGGAUCAGCAGCCUCUUCAGUUCCUUGAAAGUGGUGCGCCUUCUGCGAUUGGGGCGUGUUGCCCGCAAGUUGGACCAUUAUCUGGAAUACGGUGCCGCUGUGCUGGUGCUCUUGGUCUGCGUCUUUGGACUAGUGGCCCAUUGGCUAGCUUGUAUAUGGUACAGCAUCGGGGACUAUGAGGUUAUUGAUGAAAUCACCAAUACUCUCAAAAAGGACAGCUGGCUUUGCCAGUUGGCAGAGAGUAUUGGAACACCGUAUCGGUACAACACUACAGGAAGAGGACAGUGGGAAGGAGGACCCAGUAAAGACUCGCUUUAUAUAACUUCGCUCUACUUUACCAUGACAAGCCUUACGACAAUAGGAUUUGGAAACAUAGCUCCAACCACUGAUGGAGAGAAGAUCUUUUCAGUGGCCAUGAUGAUGGUUGGCUCUCUUCUUUAUGCAACCAUUUUCGGAAACGUCACCACCAUUUUCCAACAAAUGUAUGCCAACACCAACCGCUACCAUGAGAUGCUCAAUAACGUGAGAGAUUUCUUGAAGUUGUAUCAAGUCCCCAAAGGCCUUAGUGAACGAGUCAUGGAUUAUAUUGUGUCCACAUGGUCCAUGUCCAAAGGGAUCGAUACAGAGAAGGUCCUUUCAAUUUGUCCCAAGGACAUGAGAGCAGAUAUCUGUGUGCAUCUCAACCGGAAAGUCUUUAACGAACACCCAGCUUUUCGACUAGCGAGUGAUGGCUGCCUGAGAGCCCUUGCCGUUGAGUUCCAGACCAUCCACUGCGCUCCUGGAGACCUCAUCUACCAUGCGGGGGAAAGCGUUGAUGCCCUCUGCUUUGUUGUCUCAGGAUCCUUGGAAGUUAUUCAGGAUGACGAAGUGGUAGCUAUAUUGGGCAAAGGUGAUGUGUUUGGAGACAUCUUUUGGAAAGAAACCACCCUGGCCCAUGCGUGCGCGAAUGUGCGGGCACUGACUUACUGCGAUUUGCACAUUAUCAAGCGGGAGGCCUUGCUGAAAGUUCUGGACUUUUAUACUGCUUUUGCAAACUCCUUCUCAAGGAAUCUCACACUAACCUGCAAUCUACGAAAACGGAUCAUCUUCCGAAAAAUCAGUGAUGUCAAAAAGGAAGAGGAAGAACGCCUGAGGCAGAAGAAUGAGGUGACCUUGAGUAUUCCUGUGGACCAUCCUGUAAGGAAACUCUUCCAGAAAUUCAAGCAGCAGAAAGAGAUGCGGAACCAAGGCACAACCAUCAUUGACCCGGAGAGAAAUACCCUCCAGGUGGAGACCCGGACCAUUCAGAACGGUGCCGCCAUCACCGGCACGAGUGUGGUCACUGUGUCUCAGAUCACACCCAUCCAAACAUCCCUGUCCUAUGUGAAAACCAGUGAGAUCAUAAAACAGAAUAACCAGGAGGCCCUGGAGCUGAAGCCCAACACCAGCGAGGAACCAAAAGGCCUCAAGGUGACCAGCCCCGUGAGGGUAAAAAAUGGGAAUGGGAAAGGAUGGCUUCGGCUGAAGAACACUAUGGUGAGCCAAGAAGAGAAGAAGGAAGAGUGGAAUAAUGUCACCAAGGCAGAGUCCAUGGGGUUGUUGUCUGAUGACCCCAAGAGUACUGACUCAGAGAAUGGAGGAAUUAAAAACCCGUUAAGGAAAACGGACUCGUGUGACAGUGGAAUUACUAAAAGUGACCUUCGUUUGGACAAAGCUGGUGAGAACCGCAGCCCUUUGGAACACAGCCCUAUUCAAGCGGAUGCAAAACACCCCUUUUACCCCAUUCCUGAACAGGCCUUACAAACUACCCUCCAGGAGGUCAAACAUGAACUCAAGGAAGAUAUUCAGCUGCUAAGCAGCAGGAUGGCUGUCUUGGAGAAGCAAGUGGCUGAGAUUUUAAAAAUACUGUCUGAAAAAACUCCAUCGCAGACUCCUUCUCCAAAAUCCCAUUUAUCUCCUCAGCUACCACCCCAAAUACCUUGCCAGGACAUUUUUAGUGUCUCAAGGCCAGAGUCACCAGAAUCGGAAAAAGAUGAGAUCCACUUUUAAUAUACACCUGUUUCUCUUUGUAUACUAAAGGUAUACUGUGAAAUGGGCAUGCACACAGAGACAUACACAGACACACAGACACGCAUAUCUAGCAUACCUAUAGACAUGCCUAUAUAUGUGUCUAUGUGUGUGUGUGUAAAUAUAGAAUAAAUUAUAUAGAGAUAUAUAAAAACAUAUAUAUUUUCACUUGCAUUCAGUAUGACUUGAACACACAAAAAUGGAUUUUGAUAUGUAAAUACUGCAUGUCCAGCUGGAUUCUGGCCUGCCAAAGAAAACAGUUAUUAACAUAGAUAUUGCUUGUAUAAUAUGCAGUUGACUGCAUGCACACUUUCAAUUUAUUUAUAAUCUCUACUAUAAAAUAAAAGGAUGGAUUUUGUUUAAAAAAGAGAGAAAAAGAGAGAGUAAAAUGUCCUA